AUGGGAGCGCUCUUCUCUCUCCCCAUCAUGCUGCUCAACUCUCUCCUACCAUUCACCAAACCUGGAACACCUCUCACACAAGACCUCAUCCACACAGCCAUUCUCUGCGGUACACUGUACUUCGCCCCGCAAAUAGCAGAACGGUACAAUGCACAGCAAAGACGCAGCCAGCCAACAGACACACCAGCACACAGCACUGAGCGAACACAAGUCGAAAAUGAUACCACGGCCCCAGAAGGAGCACCACUAGACGAGGGCCUUGCACGGCGCCACGCCGACCACGACCACGACCACGACAACAACGCCGCACCCACACCUCCCAACCAGCCCAACCACCAACCCAACAUCGAAGACGACGACCACGCCCCCGGCCCCGCAAACCCAAACCCAAACCACCCCCGCCCCACCCCCGCAAACCGCACCAUCGGCGCCAAAAAAGCAAAAUCCCUCGCCCGCAAAGACCAAAGACGCGCAUACCACGAAUUCCACAGACAAGAAGCCGAACUCCGCCGUCUGCAAGAAUCCGAGGGCGCCGAGGAACGCGAGGCCUCGCUCCAGGCUGAACGCACACGCCGCGUGGCAAUCGAGGAGGCGAUUCGCGAGAAGGAGAGGGAGGAGCGCGAACGGCUGAAGAGGGAGCGGGAGAUUGAGGCUGCCGAGGAGGUCGAGAGACGGGAGCGGGUUGUCAAGUUUGUGGGUGAGGAGGUGAGGAGGCGUGGGGGUGUGGAUUUGGUGGAUGUUGCGUACACAGAGGGCAAGGAUAGGUUGUGGGCUGAGAGGCUGGUCAGGGCCAGUGGGCUGAUGGCGGCUUUGCAAAGAGAGGGCGAUGGACAUGUCAUGAUUACGGCGAGGGGGUGGCUGGUUAGGAUCGAUGUCGAGUUGAUGGAGCAAGUGUACAAGGAUGCAGAGGUUCUUGGGAAUGGCAAGGAAGGCAAGGUCUCCUUUGAGCAGUUCGGAGGCGUGCUGGAGCGAGCUGUGUUGGCGAGGGCGAAAGCCUAG